UAUACAAAUGUGGAAUCCCAGCAAGGGUCGUGUUAUCAACAAUUUCAGUAACUCUCUAUACCCUUAUCAUCCUCCUUACCUCAUCUCGCUUACCUUACCAAGUAUACAACACCUCAUCACGUCAAUGUCCUUCAAAGAAAUCCCGAGCCAGCACGAAGUAAUCGUCCAUAGUAAAACAAAACGUUCCUCCAGCUGCUGAACGAAUUCAUUUGUUCCCUGCAUUUUUUGAUUUAGCAAAUCUUUUAGUCCAUUCUGCCAAGUGGGAUGCCCCACAUGUCUCACCCCCACCGCCCACAUGUGGGCUACCGCUUGGAACGAGCCUUCUGGCCCAAUUCUACCUGUCCAGUUCUGCUGUUCAGGAAACCGCUUUAAAAUGGCUGAAGAAGCCUCUUUUACGUUGGUUUCACUGGGAAACAAUGGUGGUCCAUUAGAAACUCAUUGUAGUGGUCAUUUGGUUUCAGAUGCGCACUUUGAGGAAGUUAUUUCAAUUGAUGGAGGAACUCACUUGUCAAGUCUGAUUGAGCUUGUUGAAAACUCGCCAUUUCUUGAUACGAUAUCCAAAUGGAAAAAGUCUUCGGACAACGAGGACGACGGUGUAGAAAAUAAAAACGACGCAUCGUCUUGUUCUGGCGCCAAAAAACACCGUAAUGACAGUGACGAAGACAUGGAUAGUGUAUCAAACCAAAGCUCGAGGAAAGCACCAAGAGAAACCUCCCCGUUAGCAUCCACAAGCUCACAUGCCGAGGGACAGUCGUUUUCUGUUGGAGAUGUGCAUGAAGUAAUCGCUAUUAAGGAGUCCGGCGAUAGCUCUCCUGACUCCAACUGCCUUGUCGAGGACAGUAACACGAGUACAGAUUCGGAAGACGCUGCACCUGGCUUCUAUAAGCUUACUCAAGCUUAUGGCUGUGCAAUUCCUACAAAAAUCGACGAAAACAUCUCUACCUCUUACUAUAAAGCUUGGCUGCUUUCCGAAGAACGCAUACACACGUUCCUCAUUUCACACUGUCAUAUUGAUCAUCUCGCCGGACUCAUAAUUAACAGUGCCGUCUUUACUACAGAGCAUCCUCGUCAGAUUGCAGCUCUUGACUUCAAUAUUGAGAGCAUGAAAAAACACAUCUUUAACAACAUCGUUUGGCCAGCACUUGACCAAGCAGGCUUUCUUAUAUACAAAAGUAUUUCACCCGAUCUGUACUCUCCCAUCACAAGUACUCUUCACGUGCGACCUUUUAUUGUCAGCCACGGUUGCAGUUUCGGACACACAGUACUUUCGUCUGCCUUUCUGCUUCGUAACGUUACUACUGAUCAUUAUUUCAUUGCCUUCGGUGACGUUGAGGCCGAUCAAACUUCCGGAAAACAUUAUAAUCAUGAAAUCUGGGAAACAAUUGCUCCUUUAAUUCAACAGGACAAACUGAAGUAUAUAACCGUUGAAUGCUCUACCGUUGAUGUGCCGAAUGAGCUGCUUUUCGGACAUAUGUGUCCAAAUACUCUUGUUCACGAGUUGCACUCAUUGCAACAGAUGGUUACUAACUUAGGAGGCAACACACAUAAUGUAACUUGUCUCAUCUGCCAUAUAAAGAGUGAUCCAAGACAUACCUCUUCUGCAUCGGAUGCUAUUCUCCAGGAGCUUCACAGUCAUGCGGAGGAGGUAUCGCUUGACAUGAAGUUUGAGGUACUACAGCCUCACUCCAUUUACCGUUUCUGAGGGGACAAAUCGCAUAAAGAUUUAUAUACUUGACCGGUGCUACUAAUGUUUUGACGUCUUGUUCUCGUAACUCCAUGAGGACAUAUCAUCGCUAUACGCAUAUGGUGUUGAUACUCUCCUUCAUAUUUGACAAGUUUGAGAACUGGUAUGCUGUCGUUAACACCGUUUCAUUUGCCGAGCCAUCUAUUUUUGUCUACUUAAGCAUUCCUCAAGCCCCUCUCUACACUCUCUUUCUUUACUCAAAUUUCACUUUCUCGUAAACACCAUUUACAGGCACCAUUGUUGUGUCGUCUUGCGCUCUUCCGUGAACACGUCUUCCUAGGCUUACAAUUUCAUGUAUUCCACGGGUUUUUACUUCACGAAGAAUGCAGUGUACAUUUUCUUUCCAGGAUCCAACUUGAUUCUUCUUGUUUUCAUCUGUUCAGUUACUCUUUCUGUUUAUAUAAUUCACCCGAACUGUAUAUGUGCGUGCUUUCCACCCUCAUCACAUCAUUAAAAGCGGCUAGCCAUCAGACAUUGCUGCACAUGUAUCACUAUCUAUUACCGUAAUAAAUCCCAAACCACAGCUUUCCACACAGAGAAUAAAGGUAUGGUCAGGGAAAUGCAUUGCUGUACUAAUAUUUGUGGACCUUUUGCACACCCGAGCGUUCAUCAUUGGCCCAACGGCGAUAGGUCGAUUUCGUAACAAUCUAAUCUCAAUAGCGAGUUUCAGAUGGCCCAAUUCAUUAUCGGUGCAGCUCAAACAAGGUCACAUAGAGGCACCAGGCGGAUGCGUUAACAUGCAAUUGAUAUCCAUUUACGUUCACAGGUUGGAUCUGCCCUUUUUGCCGAGCUGCAUUCCCUUCACCUUGGGUCCAGGUGCGGUACGUUCAGAGGAUGUAUAGUAAUAAUCCAUAACUUCUUCCUUCACCUCCGCGGUAACAGGGUUUGAAACGGCUUGAUAGCCUCCGCUUUCGUAACUAUCGCUUCCAAAACCACGACGAGAGGACUCUUUGCGCUGUAACUCCAGUUGCUUGAUUCUCCGUUUUCUCUCCUCGUUGGCUUCCAAUUCUUUGUUCUAAAAGAUUGUUAGUAUAUAUAGCGACAUUUAUAGCGGCUGCAAAGAAGUGAGUGAAGAUAUAUGAUCACUUUGUUUGUUAUGGACUGUACACGGUUAUGUACUUUUAUAUCGUGUCCGUUUGAAAAAAGCUCGCAUUGCAAAUCACGUAGGUCACUUACUCUAGAAACAAUUUCUUGAAUUUUCUCUUCAUGACUCUCCAUUUCAAGAUACUUUUUAAUCUGUGAAAGCGAGACGUUGUCACGAUAACCCAGACUUGUGAUUUCAUCAAAGGCACAGAGAAUUUCAAAUGCGUUCUCCAAUAUAUCACGCUCAUCAGCAGUGCUAGACAUAGAAGUGACAGCCUGAUUGAAAAGAUGUAGCGUCUCAAUAUCCUCAAGAAUGUUGGAUUGCUUAUUCGUAAUAAGAACCAUAUACAAUUCAUCCAAUGGCUGAUAAACAAACCGAACGUUUUCCGUUUCAACACUCGUGUGUUGAGUUCCCUUAGAAAUUAAUCCAGGAAACGUAGAAAGAAGACUCUCGACUCUGGUUCUGGACAUAUCGCGAAAUUGACGCGACAACACAGCUAUUUAUCCGUGUUAGUUAAGAGCACAAACCAAUUUAACAUACCUUUUCCGCCUCUAUUAACAAUACCUGCAGCCAGUACCACCUAUCACUGUUAGUAAUUAGCCUGAACCUCGUAAUCCUACCA